AAGCAUCACAAGCACGGAGGACUGGCAGCUCAGUCAGUUAGUCAGUCAGUCAGACUGAGAAGUAGAAGACGAGCAGCACCGCCUCCGAACCUCAUCGGCAGCUUACCCGGUCAAAGCCCGUCCUCUUCCGAGCCCCAAAACACACGCACACACACACAUCCUGGGAGCUGCAGAAGAUCGGCUCGGGGAUUCAGCUGCUUUGCUCCGGGAGAAGCGAGGAGAGCGCGGCGGCAUCGUGGCUCUCUCACCACGGGCAUGUCUGAGGGAUUCCACGGGCGAGGUUGAACUCCUGCUUUCCCCCAAAGAGGAUUCAAUGAAAAUGUCUGUGUGUGUCCACGAGAACCGGAAAUCUCGGGCCAGCACCGGCUCCAUGAACAUCUACCUGUUCCACAAGUCUUCAUAUGCCGACAGUGUCCUCAUGCACCUCAACUCUCUGCGGCAGCAACGGCUCUUCACGGACGUGCUGCUUCACGCCGGCAGCCGCUCCUUCCCAUGCCACCGCGCUGUGCUGGCAGCUUGCAGCCGCUACUUUGAGGCCAUGUUCAGUGGCGGGCUGAGGGAGAGCCAAGCUAGCGAGGUUGACUUCCAUGACUCCAUCCACCCGGAGGUCCUAGAGCUCCUGCUGGAUUACGCAUACUCGUCACGGGUGGUCAUUAACGAGGAGAAUGCGGAGUCGCUUCUGGAAGCUGGGGACAUGCUGGAGUUCCAGGACAUCCGAGAUGCCUGUGCGGAAUUCCUGGAGAGGAACCUUCACCCAUCCAACUGCCUUGGCAUGCUGCUGCUUUCAGACGCCCAUCAGUGUACCAAGCUGUCUGAGCUCUCCUGGAGCAUGUGCCUCAACAACUUCCCUGCCAUUUGCAAGACGGAAGACUUCCUCCAACUGCCCAAAGACAUGGUGGUCCAGCUGUUAUCCCACGAGGAGCUGGAGACUGAAGAUGAGCGGCUUGUUUAUGAGGCUGCCCUGAACUGGAUCAACUACGACCUGGAGAGACGGCACUGCGACCUUCCUGAACUCCUCAGAACGGUCCGCCUGGCCCUUCUGCCCGCCAUCUUCCUGAUGGAGAACGUCUCAACUGAGGAGCUGAUCAACGCCCAGGCCAAGAGCAAGGAGCUGGUGGACGAGGCCAUCCGCUGCAAGCUGAAGAUCCUGCAGAAUGACGGCGUGGUCAAUAGUCAGUGUGCUCGACCUCGGAAAACCAGCCAUGCCCUCUUUCUGCUGGGGGGGCAGACAUUCAUGUGUGACAAGCUAUACCUGGUGGACCAGAAGGCCAAGGAGAUCAUUCCUAAAGCGGACAUCCCGAGCCCGAGAAAGGAAUUCAGCGCCUGUGCCAUCGGUUGUAAGGUGUACAUCACAGGGGGGCGGGGCUCAGAGAAUGGUGUGUCCAAAGACGUCUGGGUCUAUGAUACAGUCCAUGAAGAAUGGUCCAAAGCGGCACCAAUGCUCAUCGCAAGAUUCGGUCAUGGCUCAGCCGAACUGAAGCACUGCCUGUAUGUAGUCGGAGGUCACACAGCGGCAACCGGCUGCCUCCCCGCCUCACCGUCCGUGUCGCUCAAACAAGUGGAGCAGUUCGACCCGGUGGCCAACAAGUGGACCAUGGUGGCGCCUCUGAGAGAGGGUGUGAGCAAUGCGGCGGUGGUCAGUGUCAAACUCAAGCUCUUUGCUUUCGGGGGAACCAGCGUCACCCACGACAAGCUGCCGAAGGUGCAGUGCUACGACCCCCAGGAGAACCGUUGGACUGUACCGGCAUCCUGUCCGCAACCAUGGCGCUACACUGCCGCUGCCGUGCUGGGAAACCAAAUCUUUGUCAUGGGCGGAGACACUGAGUUCUCUGCUUGCUCAGCGUACAAGUUCAGCAGCGAGAGCUACCAGUGGACUAAAGUGGGCGACGUGACGGCCAAGCGCAUGAGCUGCCAGGCCGUGGCGUCGGGGAACAAACUAUACGUGGUGGGGGGGUACUUUGGCACCCAGCGCUGUAAAACCUUGGACUGCUACGACCCCACGCUAGAUGCUUGGAACAGCAUCACCACGGUACCGUACUCUCUCAUUCCCACCGCCUUUGUCAGCACCUGGAAGCAUCUGCCGGCCUGAAGACCUCAACUAGACUCAUUCCAUGAGAUUUUGCGUCAUCUACUGCACUCCGACUGAAGAGGCACUCAAAGAGAACGACUUCACCUCUGAGAGGAAAAGGAGCUCAUGCCAAACAAAACAACCAGACUGCUGCUUGCUUGUUGUGGACUUGUGUGGGACAUUUCACCCAAACACCACCACCAUCACCACCACGUACUGCACUGUAUAGCAUGUACAGUAUUUAGACUUACUGAUGCACACAUGGCACAAUGGAGGCGCAAAGCUCUUCAUCCUCUAAUAAGCUCCUUUCUUUGACCUGCCCCCCUCAACCCACCUCAAUUGCUUCUACCCGAGGCGUGUGCACGUGGAGCUGUUGCCACUUGAUGAAAAGUGGCAGCUGACGUUGAUGAUCUGCUAAGAGUUUUGGGUGCCUGAGUUUGGGGGGGUACGACCUUGUUUUUCUGUUUGGCACCUCAGCUUUGACGUCCUCCGUGCUCACAGCAGGCCAUCACUCGGCUGGACGCGAAGCCUCCGCUUCCUGUUAGUGUGCUCAUCUUUUUUUGUGUUUUGAAACAGCAUGUGCCCUCGUAGUGACUCAGCACAACUGGCAUGAACUUUAAUAUGUGCUCAGCUUGCGGUGUCCUUCCUUAAUUUAUACGUGUUUAAUCCUAUUUAUUUCUCCUCUGUGUGAAUGUUUGAGGAGGGAAGGGGGUGGGGGGCUGUCCUGCAUGGUCAUGUGAUCUCAGCAGGCCUUCAUUGUGCAGUCUUAAUGAGAGGAGGGGGAGGCUCAGAUUACCCACAGUGUGCGGCUGUUAAGGCCGCGGGGGUCGCCCCAACCCCGUGAAAAGAAUUCCAACUUCGGUCCAAACUUGCCUUAAAUCAGACGCCCCCACCCCCUCAUCCCAGGCCCUAAAAAGUGCACCGAUGCAACAAUUAACCAGUAAGGAGGCAAGUGUCAUGUGACCAAUGGAGAGGAGUGGGCCUGACGAGGCUAAGAAUGUGGCGGUCCCUGCAGCUGUCUGCGGGACAAAUGGGUAUUUUGGGGGGGGCUAUGUGGAGUGUUUAGGUCACAUGUCGGAGCUCCCAGUCUUCCUCCCCAUGAUCCAGAAAACUGUGCAGUGAUAAGGGCAGACACCGCAGUGCUUUUUUUUCACCAUAGUGUCAAAUAAUUAUGCUGUCCUGCGGGGGUUUUGCUGACAAAGAGCUCAUUGGAAGCCAUUUUGGCCAUUUGGCUGUAUACAAAAAUGAGUCCAAAUUAGGGAUGCUCCAAUCGAUGAGUAUCGACCGAAUAAUGCCUUCAAAAGUCAGUCACAAAAAAUGAUCGGCAUGCGGCGGUAAACUCUACAUGUGUGCUGUGUCACGUAGGGUUGCCAACACCCGUAUUGAGUCAACAAGGGACGCACUUUGUCCCGUAUUGCUGCGAGAAUCAAAACUGGUCUAAUCAAACCUAUUGCCGUUCGACUUUUCUUGCAUCUUUGUUUACACGCUCUGCCUAGCUAGCUUGCUAGUUAGAGUUAUCCGCCUAGCUUUCUGGUGUUCGAACUUCAAAUGUAACCUUUUACAACAGUGACAUUUUGUUGUUAAAACAAACAAGCAGUGUGGUUAGUUUGGAGCUCGGUUUUGCCCCAUGGUCAAGUGGAUAUCACAUUAAAGGGGUUUGUACUGACUAUUUAAAGUGUUACUGAAGAACUUUACAGUCUUGUUGUGAUUACACUAAUUAUGUCUUGUCCUCCAAACACUAUUUGUAUGUGCUUGUGGAACAUAAACCUUAUGAUGCUGAUACUAUCACAGGGAUCUCCUAGCUUGCCAGCUGAUUUUGAGUAACUCACCAAAGGGUCAAAGGAUACUUGCUUCAACUCUGUGUAGUUUCUUAUUAUACGUGUUGAAUUCAGACUUUACUUUAUGUGGAGAUGUGCUUGGCAAAUAAUGUAGUGUACAAUUUAAUGAUGAAUGUUGGAGACCCUGCAACCUGGACACCGAAUUUAUUCUGUUUUAAGUUAAGCAAGCCAGAUUUCUAUUUAACAAUGAUAUUCAUUUGUAUUAUUUUAUUCUGUUAAUUUUGUUAUCUUCAACUGAAAGAUAAAUUAUUGAACAAUUUAUUUCCCAUGUAUUCAUAUUACUCCAAAAUGUGCAUUCAAUUAAAUUCAAUUCAGAUUUGUGUCAAAUAGUACAAAAAUUGUUUUACAAAAAUAAAGGCAAUAAUUACCUAUUUGCCAGAGGCUUUUGGAAUUGUCUAACAGCGGCCCUCAUCAUAAAUACAUGGAAAAAUGUACAGUUAAUCCAUGUGAUCGGUAUCGGACAAUCUCACUCAUGGAUGAUCGGAAUCGGCAGCAUAAAACCCUGAUCGGAGCAUCCCUAAUCUAAAUAUGAGCUUUGACUAGAAUCCAAAACAAAGUAGUGCGCUAACCCGGUGCAAAGGGUUCUCAACAUGCGAGUUACACGUGCAAUCAAGAAUUGAUCAAAAAAGUUUGAAAGACCAAAAACAAAGUGACAAUGUGUCAACUUGUUGCUACAGUAUGUGAAAUGUCUUAAAUGUUCUCGUCUUGGUGAUCUAUUGACAUAAAAGAAUAACUUGGCUUGGCUUUACUUUUUCCCCACACAACGCAACAAUUCCCAAACAUCAUCUUCUCCUCUUCUCCCAACAUCGCCACCAGCUCCAUCAGAGCGCUACCUCCCCCGCACAAGACGGGUCUCCGUGGAAACGGACACUUAUGAAUGAGCCUUGCUUUUUGUAUCCGGAUGUCCUCCUCUGCUUAGUCUGGGAAUGGUGGGAGCGCCGCAGCUUUCCCUCCCACCGCCAUCGCCAUCACAACAGUGUGUUGUCAUUAUGUCAUGACGUUUCAUUUCUACUUCCAUGGCAUUAUUUUGUAUAGAUUUUUUUUCACAAUGUGAAAUCCAUGGCUGAAUAAACAUGAGAGGUUUUCCCUCUUGGCUGUACAGAA